GUUACAUAUUUAUACAUCAGCGAAUUCGAAAAAAAUCAAGCUUUCUUUUUUAUUUUUUGGAACACAAUGCAGAGUUUGAUGUGCGUUGAAUGUUUAUACAUCAUUUACAUCGCGAAUUUGCUUGAAAAAAGAUACAAUUUUAUAAGCUUUAAACUAAACGAUGUGAUUAAUAUCAGUGAUCGUAGGAAUAAAUGUUUACUGGUUUAUAAAAUAGUCAAGCUUUUGAAGAUUUGCUUCAAAAUUAUGGAGAAAGCUAAUAUUAUUUUCGGUUUGCAAUUCUUUACCUUUGUAGUAGUUGUCAUGGUGGAUGGUUGUUAUACUAUUUCCUUCUCCGUUUAUACAGAUGCCGAUAUUGAGACAAAACUGAUGGCCGUAAUAGGUGAUUCCAUAUACUUGGUAUAUUUAUUAGCAGUCAUAAUCGCCUGUAAUAAUUUGGAAAAAAGUGGUUAUAACGUUGUCGACAAAUUUUAUGAACUGGCCAGUAAGAAAAUCAACAAGGACAUCAAGAAUGAUUUACUACUAUGUGCCGAUUACGCAGCAACUUGGAGGCCUGUUUUUUCUGCAGCUGGAUUUUUUGAUAUUAGGCAAACAAAUAUAAAUAUCCUACUCUCUAAUAUGAUAAGUUAUCUCAUUGCUACUGUACAAAGUAAAAAAGAGGAAGUACUUAAAAUACCCAAUCCCAAGACAAAAAUAGAGAAUUUUACUAUUUUCGUAUUCUCGGUAACUAGUCUAGAAUACAAGUUCAAAAAAGUGAAAAAUAGAAAUAAAGUUCCUAAAGAUAUGAAGGAUGGUUAA